AUUGACCAAUCGUAUAUCAGUUAAAUAUUUUAGCGGCAAAGAGUUGACCGUUCGUAAUGUGGCGCGUACAUAAAACAAUUUACGAAAUAUCAAUUUACGUAAACGUUGCAUAAACUUACAAGUUUUGCAAUAGAAUAUCUCAAAGUUAACUCUUUGUCAAUCCGCAUAUACAUAUAAAAUUAAUUUUGUUAAGGCCGUGGGCUAUAAUUUUUCCUAGUUUAUAUCAAUAUUUUGGAUUUAAGUUUAAAUUUUUGGUGUUGAUAACUGUGCAAAAAUGAGUUUCAGUUGUUUGCGUUGUGUAGUGCGUUACGAUUUAGUGAAAGUCAGCAGAGUCAGCCCAUCGAGUGCGUUGGUUGCGAAAUAUUUGGGAUCCUCGCGUGAAUUGAACACGAGUGCCAAUCUCCGUGCAGUUGCCCAACAAAACACGAAGCCGGACUGGAACCGGGCCGUCAGCGAGGCAGAGAAGAUAGUCGGCUACCCGACUUCGUUUCUAAGCCUCCGAUGGGUUUUGAGCGACGAAAUAGCUAACGUUGCGUUGCAUUUGAGGAAGCUCGUCGGCAGCAAUCAUCCUCUACUGAAAACUGCGAAGAACCUCAUCUACAAUGGCAAGAACAACAUGCAAGCGUGGGGGCUCAUUGUCCUGCUCGUGUCCAAAGCCGCCGGACACAGCCCUGAGAUACCGGACAUGGAGCAGGACAAAGCCGCCGGUGUACUGCACAGCCAACGUGCUCUAGCAGAAGUGACAGAGAUGAUCCGGACCUCACAUCUAGUGCACAAAGGUCUGGUCAACAUGAACGCGCGUCAAGUGGUGCCCAGCGAGUCGGACGACAUGCUGUUCGGCAACAAGAUCGCCCUGCUGAGCGGCGACUAUCUGCUCGCUAACUCUUGUACGGAGCUCGCUAACUUAAGGAAUCAGGAGCUAGUCGAACUGAUGUCUUCAGCAGUGCGCGAUCUAGCCGAAGCAGAGUUCCUCGGAGACAGAGACGAGCAGAACAAUCCACUGCCCUCGCGACCCCUGCCACACGACCAAAGGGAACCAGCUACAGAAUGGGACUGCAUUCUGUCCCCGCUGCCGAUGGCCGGAGUAGCGGGGUGCGGCCGGCGCGAGUGGGUGGCGCGGCACGUGCUGGCCGCCGGCGCUCUGCUGGGCAAGAGCUGCUCCGCCGCUCUGAAGCUUGCCGGACACAAGCCUGCACUGCAGACACAGGGCUACCUCUUCGGUUGUCACUUAGCUUUGGCGUGGCAAGCUUUCCUGGACUUGGAAGCGUUUACUGGCCCUGAACCUGACAGCUUCUCUCUGGUCGGAGCUCCCCUCGCUUUUACACUAGAAGCGAGGCCUGCGCUUUACUCAUACAUUGAGGCCGGCAAGAGAAGCGUACGUGAUGUCGACUAUCAUGCGCUCUACAAGGCGGUGGUGGAGGGUAACGGCAUCGAGCAAACCAAACAGCUGCAGAGAGAACACAUCCACAGCGCGCGUGAAGUUCUCGACUCCUUCCCGUACUGCGACGCGCGCACCGCCCUCACCAACAUCAUCGUGGCUAUGAUACCCUAGUACUGUCCUUCGCUCGUACCAGCUGCGGCUA